AUGGCUGAGCCGACCAAGGCUUCCACGCAAGACCCGGAACUCCCUCCAUACGAGCAGUGGAAGUUGUGGCGAGAACGGCACACAAGUGAAGCUGACCCAAAGUACCGAGAUGAACAAGAAAAACGAAUUCACCCUCAGGGCAUUUUUCAGUACAGAGAUUUCGAAAAGCGCGAGGAAAGUACAAUGGGCCUGAUAGACGUCAAGUUCCAAGAGGUAAAUUUCACCAUAGCAAGCCCGCGUGUGGUCAUCAUCGGAGCUGGUUUCGGAGGCCUAUUGCUCGCAGUCCGCAUCAUACAAGCUGGAUUUUGCAUGGCCAAAGAUAUCAUGAUAUUGGACGAAGGAACAGAUUUCGGCGGCACAUGGAACUGGAACAGAUAUCCAGGCUUGAUGUGCGACAUCGAGAGCUACAUCUACCUGCCACUGCUGGAGGAAACGGGCUACAAACCAAGCGGAAAAUAUGUGAGCGGCGUUGAAAUCCAGCAACACGCUGUCCGUAUCGCCAAACAGUGGAAUCUUGUCGAUAGGACCUUCUUUGGAUUUGACGUUCGUUCUAUGGUUUGGAACGAGCGAGAUUCUUGUUGGGAGGUCGAAGCGGAUACACCACGCGGCUAUGCCCUAAUAGAAGCAAAUUUUGCCCUUUUCGCAACUGGGUUAUUGAAUACGCCCAAGGUGCCCGCGAUUGAGGGCCUGGACCAGUUCAAGGGAAAGGUGAUUCACAGCUCGCGCUGGGAUUAUACCUACACCGGAGGAAGUUGGGAGAACCCUGAGAUGGACAAGUUGAAGGACAAGCGGAUUGGGGUCAUUGGGACAGGGGCAUCUGCUGUGCAAAUCAUCCCAGAGUUAGCCAAGUAUGCAAAGGACGUGAUUGUCUUUCAACGAACCCCCUCCUCCGUGAGGCCGCGCAACGGUCAUGUUGUUCAUGACGAUAGCGAGUUUGAAGAGCUAGGAUGGCAGCGCAAGCGCAUGGAAAACUUCAAUGCGUUCCUCUCCAACGAACAUCCUCUCCCAGAGAAGAACCUUGUCAAUGACUCAUGGAGCAAUAUGCAGUCAUACAGUGUACUGAUUGGUGGUCCUUCCAACCUCGACGAGAAACAUUUGAAGGAAAUGCUCAAAAAAGACACGGAGAUACAAAAUGAAGUGCGAAAAAGGAUUUCGGACAUCGUGAACAGCCCAGAAACUGCAGAGUCCCUCAGUCCAUAUUACUAUGGAUGGUGCAAGAGACCGUGUUUCAGUGAUGUGUUUCUGCAAACAUUCAAUAAACCCAGCGUCAGUCUGGUCGACACCAAAGGCAAGGGCAUCGACGGUAUCAAUGAGCAAGGCAUCAUGGCGAAUGGAGCCAGUUACGACCUCGACGCAAUUCUCUUCUGUACUGGGUAUGGUUUGGGAAGCGCGGUUGAUCGUUCACGAUUUUCUAUCACCGGAAGAGGUGGCCAGUCUCUUCGGAAGAAGUGGCAUGAGAACGGUAUAGCCACUCUUCAUGGCGUCAUGUCGUGCGAUUUCCCAAAUCUCUUUUUCACCGGGCCAUACCAGACGGCGGCCACUGCAAACUACCUGUACAUCCUUGACCAGCUUGCAAUCCACGUUGCCUUCAUUCUAUCUCAGGCUGGGAAGCUGGCUGAGGCAUCAACCACUGACCUUGAAGCAUCCGACACCGACCUUGACGAACCCGCCGCGUUCACCGUUGAGCCCACGCGUGAUGGGGAAGAGCAAUGGGCCAAGCUUACAGGAGACAUGGCAUAUGGCCUGCAUGGCAGCCACUACCUUUGUACUCCGAGCUACCUUAACGCGGAGGGAUUGGUGUUCGGCAUGAGCAAGGAACAAGCGGAGAAAGUUUGGCGGGGUACCGUAUGGGGUAAAGGGGUGAAAGAUUACAUCAAUAGGCUGGAGAAGUGGAGGACUGAGAAAAUCGAGGAAAAUCUGAAGCUCACCUUCCUGGAUGAGCCAGUACCAAAGAAGGAGUGA